CCUAAAAGAAAAUAAAAUCUUGUGGUGGAGGCUGAGGCAACAAAGCACCAACGCCUUAUCUUUCAAGAGGUUCGUCAAUCCGAAGCCAGGAAUUCCCAAUAAUCCCAAGAUUUCGACUUAAUUUUUGAUUUGGGAGUCUAAAUUUGCUCUCAAAGUUGAUUGAUCUCGCCUUCUACUCACUAAUCAUGGCUUCCAUUGUUGCUACUCUUCCUCCGCCAUUGUUGGCCCCUCGCAAAAGCUUUACUCUUCUGAACACUUCUCAGAAGCUCACUGCUUUCCCCAUUGCAAACAGGCGUUCUGGCAAUGUUGUUGUAAAGGCUGUUGGAGGGAGCUCGGAGUCUUCUACUUCCCUUGAUAUUAUUAAAUCUGUUCGAAAUGUUUGGGAUCAACCUGAAGACCGACUGGCGCUUUUCGGCCUGGGGUUUGCAGCUGUAGCAACUGUAUGGACAGCAACAAAUCUUGUUACGGCCAUUGACAAGCUGCCACUUCUUCCAGGUGUAUUAGAAUUCAUAGGAGCACUGGUUUCUUGGUGGUUUGUGUAUCGCUAUCUCUUGUUCAAGCCAAACCGGGAAGAGCUUUUGCAGAUAAUCAACAAGUCAAUAAUAGAUGUAUUUGGACAGUAAAUUGUUGUUUGUUGUAGAAGGCCUGAUUUGGACCAAUCUUCAUUAUAUUUCUUCUUUUUUACGAAGUGGUGAGUAAAGAGGGUUGGAUGCUGGGUUGAGUUGUAUUCAACAGUCGAGUGUGAAUUUUAAAUCAAAGGUGUUUGGUUCAUCAAUGCAUUGCAAUCCUAAAUCUUCAAUCUCUA